GAAGGUCUCGAUCGGAAUUUUGUACUAACGCUCGCUUGGGGUCGCGGAGGGGAGAAAGAUUUUUGGAGUCUCUACAUCUAGUCUAUUCUACUCCUUGUGUAGAAAUGCCAAAGGGUUUGUAAUUGAUAGUCAUUUCAUGGCGAUAUUUUCAACAACUGUUAAUAUUCUCCUCUUUCGUAAACUUGACAAUAUACAAAACAAAUUUGAGAGUGAUUUCUGUAGAUCAAACUUUUUGUUUUUUCGAUUUGAAAUUCACUAUCCUCGUCUAAUCCAUUGAAAGCGAGUGGCCGCCAUUAUAUCGUGCAUUGGUUAAAAAAUUUGUUUCUCUCGCGCUAUCUCAACAAGUGUGAAAAUAUAAGUGACUCAAAACUCGUGCAAUUACAUAAUAAUGAUAAGCUGUACUGUAAAACCAGGUGGCCGUAAUUAUUGAGACAAUACCUAACAUUUAAGUCUAAAGAAAAAUGAAGUGAUAUACUCCAAUACUGACUAUGAAAACACCAAAACAAAAUAAACUAAGAAGACGUGUGUCAUCUCACAAAAAAUGGCGAAAUUAUGGUCAUACUUUGUAUUUCUUGUCUGGCUAUCCUACUUGAUGGCCAGUGGUCUGUUUCUCUUCCUCGACGGUUUCUUCCUAACCCGCGUCUCACGCCCAGAAAAAAACACUUGCACCCACUGUCCCUCAUGCACUCCUGAGUCUCUCCUAGAAAACCUUACAUCCCUUCCAGACAUUUGCCUGCCCCCCAAGGGCAGAGUCGUCCUCCUUGUGAUCGACGCACUAAAAUACGAAUUUCUCAAGUGGACAGACAAUCCUCCGGAUAUUAAUUUCCAUCGAAACAAAGUUCCAAUCGUUCACAAACUCCUAACAGAGGAGCCCAACAAUGCCAGACUGUUCAGGAGCAUCGCGGAUCCACCAACAACGACCAUGCAGAGAAUUAAGGGUUUAAUGACAGGAACCCUCCCGACCUUCAUCGACAUCAGUUCGAACUUCGCAUCCGAAGAGAUCGAUGAGGAUAAUCUCAUUGAACAGAAUAGGAUAAAUGGUGUUGUCUUCAUGGGCGAUGAUACUUGGACUGGACUAUUCCCAGACAAAUUCAUCAGACAAUUUCCUUCUCCUUCAUUCAAUGUUUUGGAUUUAGAUACAGUGGAUCGUGAUGUGAAAAAUCGGAUUUUCUUCGAACUCCAGAGAAACGAUUGGUCUUUAUUGGUGGCACAUACCCUAGGUGUCGAUCAUUGUGGACACAAACACGGACAGAAUCAUCCUGAGAUGAUUAGAAAGCUCAACGAGACAAAUGAACUUAUCAGCGAAAUUAUUGAGGUUCUCGAUAAUGAGACAGUUCUGUUUGUGGUUGGUGAUCAUGGAAUGACGGAAUCUGGAGAUCACGGUGGGGAUUCACCUGGUGAGGUGGAAACAGCCAUGUUUGUUUAUUCCAAACGACAUCUCCAGAAUAUAACUCAAUUGGAAAAGGGCUUUAGAACUGUCAAUCAGGUGGACCUUGUACCAACUUUUUCGACUAUUCUGGGAACGCCUAUUCCUUUUUCUAACAUUGGAGUUGUUAUCCUGGAUGCUUUACCAGAAUAUAAUAAUAAAAUACUGUCAACGUAUCCUUGGUAUGCAAUGCAUGCGAUGUGGAGGAAUGUUGUUCAGACAAAGAGGUAUAUCGAAGCUUACUCCUCUGACACAUUUCUAUUCACCGAGGAGAAGUUACAAACACUUGAUAAACGUUACAAAGUCCUCCAAGAGCAUCUACGAAACAUGACAGAUGCCACGAGUCCUCACGCCUUCUUAGAAAUCUCCACCGAUUACUUCAAAUACCUUCGUGACUCUUGUUUGGAAAUCUGGGUGCAGUUUGAUGGGAAACUGAUGUCGCAGGGUCUCGUUCUCUCCUUUUGCAUCCUCUUUUUUAUGUACUUGAUCCUAACUGGAAUCCCUGAAGCCAGAAUGCUGAAGAUCCUAGAUUCAUCAUUCCUUCAAAUCUCUCUUAUUGGAAACCUUGCAGGAUUACUCAUAGUCUACACCCUUUAUUCCAUGAGAAUUGUACAAGAAUUCAAGAAUACAAACUUAUUCGUUUCCGGAGUAAUUUCCCUCUCUUUUCUAGUAAUUCUCGUGAUUCAGAAUUGGGAUGCAAUAUCAGACACGUGGUAUAAUAAUUCCAAGCGCAACAAGUAUAACUACUUCCUGAGAGUAAUUUUGGGACUUACAACAGGUGGAUUGUUCUCCAACAGUUACAUUAUUCACGAGGACAAGGUUCUCUCGUUUCUCUUGAUUACCCUCAUCUGGAUACUUGUUAACAUAAUCAAUGACGAGCCCGAGAAUUCUGAGAAAAAGAAUAAAAAGUCAAAGCCAUAUCAGCAGAAGAUCUUCUUCAUCAUCUUAGGUUUUUUAAUUUCAGUAUCAAUCAGGAUUUCCAGUUACUUCUGGCGAUGCAGGGAGGAGCAACUGGGCAACUCCUGCACAACUAUUAUCCUGGGAAAGGUUGGAUCCAUCACAUCUAACAAUUUCGAGAGAAUUCUCUUAAUUUUUACACUUAUUGGAUUGGCAUUGUACAUUACAAUCGUGAGAAUGUGGUUAACCAACUGUGGAAACUUAUCUGGGUUCUCUCCAAGCACGACUUUGGCGAGGUAUUGCCAUCCGCUCAUGGUGGUUUGCAUGGGAAGUUAUUGGGCUCUUCAGAGGUUACCAAAGGAUCCUAGGAUCAAGUUUGUCUUUGCCUGGCAAACCAAUGGUUUCGCUCUUGUUGUCUACAGUUGUGCUAUCAUUGCAAUCGCUGUAAUAUUUGUCAAACCACUUCAGGUAUUCCUUCUACCCAGGACUCCAAACAGUCUCAAUGUUUAUCAUGGCGAGAACAUUGUUCCCAAGUUAUUUGAUAAAGUUAAAAAACUUUUUUAUAAAACCCAACGAGACUGGCAGGAUGAUACUCCUAUAGUUUAUGGGCUUGGUACAGUAUACAGUGCUGCUUUCAUAUCUCUCGGGGUUUUCGGAAGCUUGGUUUAUGCAUUGUUGCUUGGAAACGUUCUAGCUCCAAGUGUCUUAUUGCUGGUUGUUACGGCGAGUGCAGUAUUGGGAAUUACUGCGGUGGAGAGAUUUAGGAAUGCAAAUGAUAUUAAUGAACUCAUGCAAGUGUCCGAUACAUCCAUUUUCUGCUGGUUUCUCAUUGCUGAGUAUUUCUUUUAUGGAACGGGGCAUCAACCGACAUUUCCGACUAUUUAUUGGGAUGCUGCAUUUAUUGGAACUGGAGGACAUUACUAUGGAAAUAUCGUUCCUGCUGUUUUAAUAGGAAUCAAUACAUUUGGCUCGCAUUUAAUUAUGGGCCUCAUUUUUCCCCUCUUGAUUAUCUCGCCGUUCACAAUUUUCGUGAUGCUUCCAAGCCUAGCAAAAGUGAAAUUCCGCCUUGACGAGGAUAUGAAAAGAGGAGAAUUAAUUCUCUUUGACAAAGACAGUGCAUUUCAGACUGCUCUAUUCAACACAGCAUCAAAAUACAUUCUCUUUCAUGGGUUUCGAGUGUUUGCUUGUAUGUUUGCAGCGACAAUUCACUGUCGUCACCUCAUGGUCUGGAAAAUCUUCGCACCAAAGUUGAUUUUCGAGGGUUUGAGUUUUCUUGUAACUCUCGGGAGUAUUCUCACCUCAUUUUUCUUAGUUAUAAGGAUUGAUAAUCAAGUAGAGAAACUCAUCACUAGAGUAGCCAAAGCCAGAUGAUGAGUUUAGUGUAAAAAAUUCUAACGUGAAUUUUAGAUGGUAUAAGUGAAAGAUUGUGACUUCUCAGACAAGUCACCAAUGUCAUUUUCUACAAAGCUCUGUAAUAAUCCUAACAGAAAAUCUUAUCCAUAUUGUAUAAUAUUUCAAUGUGUUUUUUUUACAAGUAUGCUCAAUUAUUGUAUUUUUAAAUAAAGCCUAAACUUGUAAUUCGUGGAAGACAGAUAGUAACAUUUCAACUCUACUUCUUACCUAUUUUAGAAUAUACUGACAAGAUAUUUCGUCACAACUUUUUCCAUCGUGAAGACAUUUAUAAUAAGAAAGCACGCUCUGUAAAAUUUUAUUAAUUCCAGAAUUUAACAAUUGAUCGGAUAAGAUUUCGACAUCGAGUUUGAUAGAUUUUUCUAUGUUGUUUUUUGUCGCAAUUAUUCCAUCACCUACUUUAUACGCUAUCCACAAGGAGUGAAGAUUUUCCAUAAUUUUUCAACAUUUUAACAAUUUUAUAAGAUCCCCAAGUCGUUGUCUAUGAGCACACAAACGCUAUCCUGCGUGCAAUGCAUUGCAACUUAUAUUGACACUCGCAACGCACUUGAUGCAGGAUUACGUCGGUAUGCUAUUGUUAACACGAACAUUCCAAUUGUUGGAUUGAUAAUGGAAAAAAAAGCAGAUGAUGAAAACUAAAAAAAAUUGACUUGAAAUUUUCACGAUUUUUAUUAUCGAUUAUAACUGACGAAUUUUACAGUUUUUAUUAUUUAAUCUAAUUCAAAAAUGACUCUUUACUUUACUAGUUGACGAUUUAUCCAUGUCUAUCAUCUACAUUGUAAUGCUUCAGUUAAUGAUGGUUGUGGUGAUAUCUAUGUCCAUUGUUUUCAUUUUUGAAAACCUCUGCCCAAUCGGCCCACUGCUUACUCCACUCCCCGUUAUCAUU